ACACGCACUGGAUCUUGACCACUCACGGAUCAUAGCCAAGUUAAGCGGGAAGGAGGGAAGGGAGGAAGCCAUGUCCGCCGCGGAGGGAGCCGUCGUGUUCAGCGAGGAGAAGGAGGCGCUGGUGCUCAAGUCAUGGGCCAUCAUGAAGAAGGAUUCCGCCAACCUCGGGCUCCGCUUCUUCCUCAAGAUCUUUGAGAUCGCGCCGUCGGCGAGGCAGAUGUUCCCGUUCCUGCGCGACUCCGACGUGCCGCUGGAGACCAACCCCAAGCUCAAGACCCACGCCGUGUCCGUCUUCGUCAUGACGUGCGAGGCGGCUGCGCAGCUGCGGAAAGCCGGGAAGAUCACGGUGAGGGAGAUCACCCUGAAGAGGCUGGGCGGCACGCACUUGAAAUACGGCGUGGCAGAUGGCCACUUUGAGGUGACGCGGUUCGCUCUGCUCGAGACGAUCAAGGAGGCGCUUCCGGCGGACAUGUGGGGGCCGGAGAUGAGGAACGCGUGGGGCGAGGCCUACGACCAACUGGUCGCGGCCAUCAAACAAGAGAUGAAGCCCUCCGAGUAGCUCAUCCACCGUGUUGUGUUUGUAUUGUGUGUUUAUGUGUACUGACGCCUAUUGUAAAAUGAACAUUCAAUAAAGGAACAAAUUGUGCAUGAGGUUUA